CUGAGGAGCCAGCUCCCAGGCUCGAGGACCUGGUUGCUUCCUGCUCCGCCCUGGUUCUCUCGAGAGCACUUCACAGUCCUGUCGUGCCUGCCUCGCACCCUGGCGGAAAUACUGUCUCCAUUAGCUGCCCUGUCCCCACUUCCCGAACAGGUUGGUCCUGUUGGAGUGGGGGAUGGCUGGUCCCAGGAGCUCCGCUGGAGUGUUGGGUGGAGGCUGUCCCUGUCCUCUGUGACAUUUCCAAUUUUAGAUAAUGCCUCACAUCUCUGCUCCCCCGGGACCCCCUAGAGCCCCCACGAUCUGGAAGAACACAGAUUGAACCUAGACCUCACAGCCCAGGAUGUUGCGGAGGCUGCUGGAGCGGCCCUGCACGCUGGCCCUGCUUGUAGGCUCCCAGCUGGCCGUCAUGAUGUACCUGUCACUGGGGGGCUUCCGAAGCCUCAGUGCCCUAUUUGGCCGAGAGCAGGGGCCCACAUUUGACUAUUCUCAUCCCCAUGAUGUCUACAGUAACCUCAGUCACCUGUCUGGGGCCCCAGCUGUUGCCCCAGGCAGCCCUCUGGGUCCUCAAGGUCUGCCCUACUGUCCAGAACGAUCGCCUCUCUUAGUGGGUCCUGUGUCCGUGUCCUUUAGCCCAGUGCCAUCGCUGGCAGAGAUUGUGGAGAGGAAUCCCCGGGUGGAAGCAGGGGGCCGGUACCGCCCCGCAGGGUGUGAGCCCCGCUCCCGAACAGCUGUCAUUGUGCCGCACCGAGCCCGGGAGCACCACCUGCGCUUGCUGCUCUACCACCUGCACCCCUUCCUACAGCGCCAGCAGCUUGCUUACGGCAUCUACGUCAUCCACCAGGCUGGAAAUGGAACUUUUAACAGGGCAAAGCUGCUGAAUGUUGGGGUCCGGGAGGCCCUGCGUGAUGAAGAGUGGGACUGCCUGUUCUUGCACGAUGUGGACCUCCUGCCAGAGAACGACCACAAUCUGUAUGUGUGUGACCCCCGUGGACCCCGGCAUGUUGCUGUCGCCAUGAACAAGUUUGGAUACAGCCUCCCAUACCCCCAGUACUUUGGAGGGGUCUCGGCGCUCACUCCUGACCAGUACCUGAAGAUGAAUGGCUUCCCCAAUGAGUACUGGGGCUGGGGUGGUGAGGACGACGACAUCGCCACCAGGGUACGGCUGGCUGGCAUGAAGAUCUCUCGCCCCCCUAUGUCUGUGGGACACUAUAAGAUGGUGAAGCACCGAGGAGACAAGGGCAACGAGGAAAACCCCCACAGAUUUGACCUCCUGGUCCGCACCCAGAAUUCCUGGACACAAGAUGGGAUGAACUCACUGACAUACCGACUGCUGGCCCGAGAGUUGGGCCCUCUCUAUACCAACAUCACAGCAGACAUUGGAACUGACCCCCGGGGCCCCCGGAUUCCCUCUGGUCCCCGUUACCCACCUGGCUCCUCCCAGGCCUUCCGUCAAGAGAUGCUGCAGCGCAGGCCCCCAGCCAGGCCUGGCCCUCUGCCUACUGCCAACCACACAGCCCCACAGAGUUCACACUGACUCCUCCUUCCUGCCAACCUUAGUCCUGGAACUGAACCAGAGGAGUUGUGUUCUCCCACCCUCGGCUCCUCACUGCCCUCAGGGGGACGUUGGGGAGCUGACAAGAGCUGUGCUGGGGGCAGAGGCCCCCCCUCACUGCUGGACUGGAGCUGGGCUCCUCUCGACCUGGGGGUCCCUCUUUCUAGGGGCACUUGCCAGGGCUUAUGACUGUGAAUCCUUGAUGUCAUGAUUUUAUGUGACGACUCUUGGGAGUCCCUUGGGAGUAGGAGCAGGGCUGGACCCAAGUCCCUUCCUCUUCCACGGAGAGAAGAGUGAUCUGCUUCUCCCGGGACCUCUGUGAAUAUUUAUUCUAUUUAUGGUCCCCAGGAUGCACGUGACGCGAGCCUCUCCCUGGGCACUUGCUGCCGCUGGAGCAGCUCCCUCUUCUGGACCUGGCUCAGGGGCAGGGAUUUUGAUAUAUUUUCUAAUAAAGGACU